AUUGUGGAAAUAAUCAAGGGUUAAAUAAGUUUUUAGUCCCUGUAAAUAUGGCACUUUCCAGUUUUAGUCCCUACAAAAAUUUCCUUCGAACUUUGGUCCCUGUAAGUUUUUCCGUCCCCAUUAAGAGUCCCUCCCGUUAGAUUCCACUAACGGAGGGUGACGUGUAACGCAUACGUGGAUAUUAUUUCUUUCUGAUUUGCCAGCGUGGAAAUGAUAAGGGUUAAAUCUCUUAAACAAAAUCUCACCCACAGAUUAAGUCUUUCUUUUUCACUGAAGCUCUCCUCUUUUCAACUGCAAACCCUAGAUAACACUUCUCUCUUCCAACUUCCAUCGUGGUCCCAACAACCUAGACAAGAAGAAUCAUUGUGGUCCUAAAACGAAGCAUCUUGUGGUCCCAAAACGAAGCAUCUUGUGGUCCCAAAACGAAGCAUAUUGGAGCUGAGUCGUUCGUUCUCUUUUCCGUGGACCAGGUAUGUGAAUGGUUCAUCUUUCUUAGACUUUUUGCUAUUUUCUAAUCAUAGUGGUUGUUAAACAAACAUUAACUACUAUAGGACAAAGAUUUUGAUUAUUUAGUCGUAUCUGUUGAGUACAGCAUAUGUACUUUAUCUGUCGUUUUUUGUUGCCCUAGUUAGAAAAUGAAUUAAGUAUUGUGUUUCCCUAGUUAGAAAAUGAAUUAAGUAUUGUGUUGACCUAACAGGAAAUGUCUAAGUUUAAAGUUAUUUUCUACACAAGGGGCAAGUUUGUAAAAGACCCUGAACUGAAAUACAAUGGUGGGGACAUGUAUGCUUUUAGUGGUCAAGAUAGUGACUAUUGGUCUUUCUUUGAGGCCUGUGAUUUAGUUAAGAGUAUUGACCCUGAAUUUGAUUUUGAGAGGGUUAAGAUGUGGUGGAAACAUGAAGCAGGAUCAUUUGAAGCUGAUUUAAAUCCAUUCAGAGAUGAUGGAGAUUCUGCUGAGUUGGCUGCUUAUGCUGUUGGUCAUGGAGCUGAAGUUGAGAUAUAUUGUGAGCCAAAACCAGAUGAAGGAGAGCUGACUUUUAUGGAAUCUGUUAGGCAAAAAGGGAAGGGUAAGGCUUGUGCAUCAGAGAAGGAACCAUUACAUGAAUGCAGUGGAGAUUCAAGUGAUGAGAGUAUCAAGGAUGUACACUUUGAUGACAGUGAGGAAGAAAGGAUGAAUGGGUUUGAAGAUGACUUUGAGGAACUAGUGGGUGUAGGUAAAACUAGUGAAGUCAGGAGUCCACCUGUUACAAACAAUGCUGUCCCUAAUGAAACAGACAAUAACAUAUUUAUUACAGAUGAGAUGGGCAAGGCACAUGUAAUUGAGGAGGAAUACAUGACAGAUGAAUUGGACAGUGGAGCUGAUGAUGAUAGUGGUGAUGACAGACCAUGUGUUAUAAGGUUCAAUGCAGAAGAAUCUUUCACAAAAGAUUUUGUUUUUAAAGUUGGAAUGGAGUUUCGUUCACUUAAGCAGUUUAAAGAUGCUAUACUAGAGCACAAUGUUCUUAAUGGGAGGGAAGUUAAGUUUGUAAAGAAUGAUGCCAAUAGAUGUAGGGUUGUAUGUAAGGAUAAGGAGAAGUGUGAUUACACUGUGUUAUGUAGUAGAGUCCUAACAUCCACUACUUUUAGGAUUAAAACCUUGUAUUCUAAGCACAAGUGUGGAAGACAGUUCUUUAAUAGAUGUGCUAAAGCUGAUUGGGUGGCUAAGGUCAUUGUUGAUGGGUUGAAGAACAACACAAAGAUGAAGUUGAAUGAUGUGGUGGCAGAUGUUAGGCUUAGAUAUGCAACAGAAAUUCCAGGUUGUAGGGCAUUCAAGGCAAGGCAGAUUGCUAGACAGAUUGUGGAAGGUGACUCUAGUCAGCAAUUCAACCUCCUUUGGUCUUAUGGUGCUGAGUUAAGAAGGGCAUCCCCAGGGAAUACAUUCAAACUCAAUACAACAUGUGCUGGUGAAGGGUUAAAUCCAAGAUUUGAGAAGUGUUAUAUGUGUUUUGAUGGGACUAAGAUGGCAUUAAAAAAAGCAUGUAGACCUUUCAUUGGAUUGGAUGGAUGUCACUUGAAGCAUAAAUAUGGUGGAAUUCUGCUCAUUGCUGUAGGAAGAGAUCCAAAUGAUCAGUACUUGCCAAUUGCAUUUGCAGUUGUAGAAAAUGAAUCAAAGGACACUUGGAGCUGGUUCAUGAAGUUGUUGUUGGAAGAUAUUGGUGAUGGAAGAUGGUGUUUUAUCUCUGACCAGCAAAAGGGUCUGGUCAAUGUGUUUGAUGAGGAGUAUCCUUCCUUUGAGCAUAGAUUCUGUUUAAGGCAUCUUUAUGCUAACUUCAAAAAGAAGUUUGGUGGAGGGACAUUGUUUAGGGAUCUAAUGAUGGCUGCUGCUAAGGCAACUUAUUAUGAGGCACAUGAGGCAAAGAUGCUCAUGAUCAAGGAAGCAAAUGUGGAUGCUUAUGAGUGGCUGCAGGCAAUCCCCAAACACAAAUGGUGUAAGCAUGCAUUUCCUUUCUACUCAAAAUGUGAUGUUUUAAUGAAUAAUCUUAGUGAAUCAUUUAAUGCUACCAUACUUUUGCAAAGAGACAAACCAAUUAUAACAAUGUUUGAGUGGAUCAGAAACUACUUGAUGGGUAGGUUUGCAACACUUAGGGAAAAGGUGAAUGCUUAUAAGGGUUAUGUAAUGACCAAACCAUUAAGGAGACUAGAUAGAGAAAUAGAGAAAAGUGCUAGUUGGACAGCUACGUAUGCUGGUAGGUUAACAUUUCAGGUAACACAUGUGCUUUUCACUGAUAGCUUUGUAGUGGACCUAGAAAAACACACUUGUUCAUGUAACUAUUGGGAGUUGAUUGGGAUACCAUGUAGGCAUGCUGUAGCAGCCAUUCAUAGGAAAGUUGAUGACCCAGUUAAGUAUGUGCACAAAUGUUAUCUUAGGACCACUUAUGAACACUGUUAUAGUGAGGUGAUAACACCUUUGAAUGGGCAAAAUAAGUGGCCUAAGACAGCACAUCCUAUUAUCAUGCCACCAUUGUUCAAACGUGGCCCAGGGAGGCCCAAAAAACUACGCAGGAGAGAACCUGAUGAGGCAAAUCAAACCAAGUGGCAAAGAACAAAUACAUCCCACAGAUGCAAGAUAUGCUUUGUACUAGGUCAUAACAAGAGGACCUGCAAGAAAAAUAAGCAAAUAGUUGUUGUAUCUGCUGCAAGAACAUCACAAGAGGCUCCAACACAAGAUGCUCCAACACAAGAGGCUCCAACACAAGAUGCUCCAACACAAGAGGCUCCAACACAAGAGGCUCCUACUCAGGCUAGUCAAACAAGCAAAAAAAGGGGGAGGCCUACAGGGUCUAUCAACAAGAAAAAGAAAGAUAAAGUGGCACCCAAGACAAAAAAAUCUAAGACUGUUGAACCAGAAUGUGAUGUAGCUGCAAAUGCUGUUCCUGAUGCAGUUCCUGAAAAGGAUGAUGUCCAAGCUGAUAUUCCUAUGCAAGAUGAUGUUCCAGUUCCUGAUUCUGUUCCUGAAAAGGCUGAUGUACAAGCUGAUAUCCCUGUGCAAGAUGCUGACCCUGUUCAAGAUGAUGUUCAAGAUGCUGUCCCUGUACAAGAUGAUGUUCAAGAUGCUCCCAAUACUGACAUCAAUGAUUCACAGUCGUCUCUUAAAAAGUAUUGUGGUAUAGAUGCUGAAACAUUGGCUAAGAUUCUUGAUGAUGAUGAAAUUCUAGAUGUUCAACCAUUGAAUGUUGACACAUCUCCUGUGAAAAGAACAGUCAAAACUUUUGUUGGUAAAGCUCCAAAGGUGGUCAAGAAAACUUCCAAAUCCACUGCUUCUUCUUCAUCCAGGCCAACAUGUUCAGAACCUGUCAAAAAACCAAUCCAGAAGCAUAAGCCCAAGAAGAUUGUUGAUAUGGGUGUUCAAAAAAGGCAGAGUGACAGACUUAGGACCAUAAAAACAAAGAAUAUACCUGGCCCUGGAAAGAAGCCUGAUGACCCUUUGGUCAUUUAUGAAGAUGAAGCAACCUCAAACCAAUCCAAGGGUGGGAAGCAGUCAGAAGAUUGGGAGGCCAUUUGCAAAAGGAUGACUCAGUAGGAUGACUUAGUGAUGCCAUGUUGUUUAGUUUGAAUGAACUCAGUAGGAAAAAUGUUAUGAUUGUAAUGUUAGUGAGGCUAGUCCUCUAACUAUUUUCAUGUUACUGCUAUCUGCCUUGUGUUUUGUGAACAUAUGUAUCAAAACUAAUGUUAUGUCAAUGGUUUUUUGUGCAAAUUUUGGAGACCAAUUAUAAGUCAUUAGUAGGUGACUUUAUAUGACAAGUACUGAUCAAAUUUUAUGGUCAAGUAUAUAUGUUUUACAGGUCGGUUUAAAGAUGAAUUAUAUGUCACUUUGAUGACACAUUUUAUAGUCAACUAUAUGUCAAAUUUUAUAGUAAAAUAUAGACAAAAUAUAGCCAAAUUAUAGACACAUAUAUGUCAACUGGUGUAAACAAAAAAACAGAUUAUAAUUGAAUGAGAAUAACUGAUACAACAUUAAUACAUAUUGGCCAUACAAAACACACUGAUACAACAAAACAUUACAUCCAACUCACAUUACAUCCAACUCAGAUUAACAAACAUUACAUUUAACUAAUUCAAAUUCAACAAAUUAACAAACAUUACAUUUAACUAAUUCAAAUUCAACAAUUAACAAACUCAGAUACUAAUUCAAAUUCAACAAUUAACAAACUCAGAUUUAGUACCAACAACAUUACAUCCAAAAUGAUCAUUCCAAACACUGAUUCAACAAUUACAUUUCCAUAGAAAAUACAAAUUGACUAUUACAGACACAACAAUACACCAAGUCUUCAUCUUUCCAUACACAACAUCUGACUUUAUCUUCACCUUCAAUUUCUUGUUCUUCUUCUGUGAAAUUUCGUACAACUCUCUCAUAGUUUCAAGAGAAAUUGAUACCUCCUUCAUCUUGCUCUCAUGAUCUGACAUUUCGUGAACACCGGUUCGUUGAGCAAUAUCAUCAUCCCAUAUAAAUAAGUUACAAGUUUCAUCACCUUGCCAAAAUGGACAUCUCCAAAACAGGCGCCCUUUGUUAGCUCCAUUCUUACAGUAAUACGAAAUCAUACGAGCAUCACACGCACAUCUCCUACCUGGACGUGUACUCACACUUGAUGAAGAUGUUGGCUUCGUUCUCCUAGACGAAGAUGACAUCGUGAGAUUGCAAGCGACGUAUUCAAUUGAGCGACUAACUCAAACGAAGCAAGAGAAGGAAGCCAAAGAAGGGAUUGUGAAAUUUGAGAGU